AUGUUAGGAUUAAGGACAUUUUUAAUUCAUUUUGUGAUUAUGUUACAAUCAAUGUUGGUGGUUGCUAGUCAAUCUUUAUCAAUUGCUUAUAUCUCAGGGGAAGAAUGUAAAAAUGUUGAUUCUAUGAAAAUAUUAGCAUCUCAAAGUAAUAUCGACCGUCCUUUAGUGAUUUUACAAUUUGAUAAAUUUGCAAUUUAUAAGCAAUAUAGCUCAUCAAAUAAAAACUAUCCGUACUUGACGAAAUAUUUUGAACAUGAUUUAAACCAGGUUUUGCCAUUGGAAAAGGAUUUCAAGGUCGAAGAUUAUACAAACUCUGAAAUUAUUAAAUUAGAACAACUACCUUCUUCAGUUUCUGAAAUUUUAUAUACUUACCCAUUGCGUGAAAAUUUUGUUAUUGCUAUAGACUUUGAAAGUGCUGUUUAUGAUUUAGAUCAAUUGGAUGGAUUUUUAGAAUCAGUUACCUUUUUCUUGGAUGAAUACUUGCCUCAAACUAAAGUUUUGGCCAUCAUUUCCCCAGAGAUAAACGUAAACUCUAAAAAAUCCAUUUCAAAGAAAGAAGAAGAAGAAGAAGAAGAAGCAGAAAAAGAAGAUUAUAAAACCGAAACAGAAGAAGAAUAUGUGAAUGACAACUCAGAAGAAGACAAAGAUGAAGUUGAAGCACAAGAUAAGAAAGGGAAAAAUAAAGAAGAUAAGGAGGAAGAUUCUGAUAUUUUAAGUACUAUAUGGACAGAAGGAUUGUUGAUGUGUUUGCUAGUUUCUGCAUUGUUGCUAGGCAUUCUAUUCAUCGCAAUUAGUUGGUUGGCAAGUUUAGAAAUCAGUUAUGGUGCCUUAGAAAAAUCAACUAACCCAUUGAAGAAGACAAAUUAA